GCGGCAGGCUCCGCCCCCCGGGCCCUCGCCCCGCCCCUGCGUCGUACGUCACCCCGCGCGGCUGCCAUGGCAACCAGCGCCGCUGCUGUCCCCGCCUGCCGCGGCGCGCCGCUCUGACAUCACUUCCGGCGCAGCCUCUCUGGCCCGGAAGAGCGGCGGCUCCGCGCUGAGGCGAGCCCCGGGGCCGCGCCAUGGCGGACGACGGCGGCGAGGAGAAGAAGCAAGUGGCCAAGUUCGAGCUGGAGCGGGAGACGGAGCUGCGGUUCGAGGUGGAGUCGUCGCAGACGGUGCAGAUGGAGCUGCUCAGCGGCAUGGCCGAGGUGUUCGGCACCGAGCUCACCCGCAACAAGAAGUUCACGUUCGACGCCGGCGCCAAGGUGGCCGUGUUCACGUGGCACGGCUGCACCGUGCAGCUCAGCGGCCGCACCGAGGUGGCCUACGUGUCCAAGGACACGCCGAUGCUGCUGUACCUCAACACGCACACGGCGCUGGAGCAGAUGCGGCGCCAGGCAGAGCGCGAGGACGAGCGCGGGCCCCGCGUCAUGGUGGUGGGACCCACCGACGUGGGCAAGUCCACCGUGUGCCGCCUGCUGCUCAACUACGCCGUGCGCCUGGGCCGCCGGCCCACCUUCGUGGAGCUGGACGUGGGGCAGGGCUCUGUCUCCAUCCCCGGCACCAUGGGUGCGCUCUACAUCGAGCGGCCGGCCGAUGUGGAAGAGGGCUUCUCCCUCCAGGCCCCACUCGUCUACCACUUCGGCUCCACCACGCCCGGCACCAACAUCAAGCUCUACAACAAGAUCACGUCCCGCCUGGCUGACGUGUUCAACCAGCGCUGCGAGGUGAACCGCCGCGCCUCGGUCAGCGGCUGCGUCAUCAACACCUGCGGCUGGGUGAAGGGCUCCGGCUACCAGGCGCUGGUGCACGCCGCCUCCGCCUUCGAGGUGGACGUGGUGGUGGUAUUGGACCAGGAGCGGCUCUACAACGAGCUCAAGAGGGACCUGCCCCACUUCGUGCGCACGGUGCUGCUGCCCAAGUCCGGCGGCGUGGUGGAGCGCUCCAAGGACUUCCGCCGGGAGUGCCGGGACAAGCGCAUCCGCGAGUACUUCUACGGCUUCCGCGGCUGCUUCUACCCCCACGCCUUCGACGUCAAGUUCUCCGAUGUCAAGAUCUACAAGGUGGGGGCUCCUACCAUCCCCGACUCCUGCCUGCCGCUGGGCAUGUCGCAGGAGGACAACCAGCUGAAGCUGGUGCCGGUGACACCGGGGCGGGACAUGGUGCACCACCUGCUGAGCGUCAGCACCGCCGACAGCCCCGACGACAGCAUCUCGGGCACCAGCGUGGCCGGGUUCAUCGUGGUGACGGGCGUGGACCCCGAGCGCCAGGUCUUCACCGUGCUCUCGCCCGCGCCGCGCCCGCUGCCCAAGAACUUCCUGCUCAUCAUGGACAUCCGCUUCAUGGACCUCAAGUAGGGCCGGGCCGGGCUGCAGCGGCCGCGGGCCCCGCCCCCCCCCCCGUCGGUCGGUUUUACACUUUUGUACCGGUUUUUAUUAAACCUCGAGGCCUCUC